GGGAAGAAAAAAUGAGUCGCUUUGCCUUCCGAAAUCGUCCAAGAAAGUUAUCUAAGGGCAUGGGCCAUGAUUCUGGUCCGCCGGGAAGAGAAAGACGUUUGCAGAAAACUAUUUCCAUGCUUCUCCGUUUUCAGAGAAUAGAGGGGAGUUGGGGAGUAAUCAAUGAAACAAGAGAGUAUACUGAGGCUCUUAUUGAAAGAGCUAUUAAAAAAGGACCAGAGGAUCCUCGAAUGAUGGCAUUGGCAAACCACUGGUGUUUGGAAAAGGAUUUAGUCCAUAUGCUAUUUAAGGAAUAUGUACCCAGAUUUAGUCAACCCAUGUAUCAAAACAAGCCAUACCUUCAACUGUAUCGCAUAGAACUGCAACCUGGGAAACAGUAUCUGCAGAAGAUGGCAUGUUUGGAACUCAAAGGUAAUCCUUGGCCAAAAGUAAAACCAGAGCCUCCAAAUACAGCAGGUCAGCUUCAUAAUGUGCUACUGAAGGCAUUCUUUGAUGACAAAAGAAAAAGUUCACAUCUCCGUCCUCAUGCAAGUGCCCAGCCAAGCCUGGAUGAUGUUGUUGAAGGAGUAGAAAAAUUAAGUGUUAAUAAUCAAAAACUUCCUAAAGAAAAAACUGAUAGAGAUACAGCGAGCAUUGAAAAUGACAAGGAUUUUAAAUCCUCAUCUGGUGAUACUGAUCUGAAGAUUGGUGAAAUUUUGACAGAAGAUAAAAAAGAUUCAAAUCCAUCAAAUGCUGAAAAUAAAAUGUAAAACUUUUA